AUGCUACUGUUACUCCUCUCCCAGGUUCUUCUGGCGACGGCACGGCAUAACCCAAUGCUACCCGGAUGGAACCCAGACCCAAGCAUUCUCCAGGUCAAUGGCACUUAUUAUCUCGCGACGUCUAGUUUCGAGUAUUUCCCAGGAACUCCCAUCUACUCUUCUAAAGACUUGGCCAACUGGGAUCUGAUCUCUCAUGCACAGACAUCGCCCAGUCAAGUUCAGCUCUAUGGGACGCCGACUGGAGCAGGAGUUUGGGCGCCCACUCUGUCCUACAUCAAUGGUUUGUUUUAUCUCGCGUCCAUGACAAGAUGGACCUAUGAUCCAGUGGCACGAGUUUGGCCGCGCAUCAUGUAUAUGACGUCGCCAGAUCUGAUCAGCUGGUCUGAUCCCAUCUGGACUGAGCCCUGGGGCAUUGAUCCUGCUCUCUUCCAAGACCCCAAGACCGGCAAAUCUUACCUUUCCCUCAUGGCCCCGAACAAUAACGUUGAUCGAGUUUGGGGAAUCUACCAGUGCGAGGUAAACCUCGCCACGGGUGACUGUUCAGGGCAAUACAUUAACCUCUAUAAUGGUACUUUGCCACAAAACAGCAGCUCACGUCUCGAGGGACCCAAAAUGUUCUACAAAGACCCGUAUUACUAUCUUCUCACUGCCGAGGGGGGUACGGACGAUCAGCAUCGAUCUACUAUUGCCAGGUCUAGCUCUUCAGAGGGACCAUUUGAUCCGGCACCAAACAACCCGAUUCUGUUCAACGGUCGUUGGGGAUUCGACAAUCUGACAGUACAGUCCACUGGACACGGCACCUUUGUUGAGACUCCCACCGGAGAAUGGUUCUGCGCUUUCCUGGCAAGGCGAAAGGUCAAUGGUUCUUCUCCUCUCGGACGAGAGACUUUUCUCACUAGUGUGACCUGGGAGGAUGGUUGGCCAAUGCUCAACAACGGCAACCCGAUUCUCCUCAGUGAACCGGUUCAGGGUAUAUCGGCUGAGAAGAGCGAAAUGACAUCGUUCGUCGAAGACUUCUGCGGGGAAACACCAGAUCUAUCCUGGUAUCAGCUCCGAAUACCAUAUACCAAGAAUUACGCAUUGGCAUCUGGAAAUUACGAUCACGGCAUCUAUAGGCCUCACAGGAACUCCAGCGUUGACGAAUUCUGCGCCCUUGUUUUAAGACCAAAUGUUUUUAGCCUGAGCGACCGAGAUACCCCAGCUGCCCUGCUCCGUAAGCAGAAGUCAUUGAACAUGACAUUCUCGGCGACUUUGCUAGCCACAAACUCGUCGCUUAACUACCGCCAAUCAGUCGGCAUUUCCAUUUACCUCAGCGAAUUGUCGCACCAGGACGUCGGGGUAAAGGGCUGCAACAAUACUACAGGGCUCUGUGUAUAUUCUCAGACCAUGAUAAAUGGGACUACUCAGGAAAAAGAGAUCUCAUUAGGCCUGAACACCAUUCCGCGCAAUAUUACGCUUUACAUCCGAGCCCAGCCACUCUCGUAUACGUUGGGCUACUCAAUCAAAGAGGGCGAAACGACGUGGAUUGAUGAGGUGUCCUCAAAAUGGUUGGCCUGGGCCCCCACCAAUUGGUUUGUAUUCAGCGGAGCAAGCUGGGCCAUCUUUGCGAGCGGAGGAGGAGAGCCUUGGCAACCGUCGGGUGCUAUGGUAGGGUUUACAAAGGUGCGCGAGGAAUACCUGGAGGAGAAUAUCCCAGACUACGACAUCUGGUAG